CCUCGGGUGACAUUGGGCCUCGGCAGCUGAAGGGGGAGGACGGGCUCCGGAGCCUGGUAGAGAGCGAGACCUUCGCCUGCGCCCGCUGCCGCCAUGUUUCGCGUUAUGGUCACCCACGCCAAGAAGCACCCCAGCUUGAUACCUCUGUUUUUGAUCAUUGGAUCUGGAGGUGUUGGCGCAGCUCUAUAUCUCAUGCGUUUGGCAGUGUUCAACCCUGAUGUCUGCUGGGACAAGAAAAAUAAUCCAGAACCUUGGAACAAACUGUCUCCUAGCGACCAGUACAAGUUCUACUCGGUUAAUGUAGACUACAGUAGACUGAAAAAGGACCGUCCUGACUUCUGAACAACACGCUCAUCUCCAUAAGCUGCACAGAAAGGUCUUCCGGAAGCCGUCCGCACAAUUGUCAUGCUUAGUCAUCCAGGAAAUAAUCAAACUUGCCUCAUGCUGCACUUGGUCAUGUGUUUGAAAGUGUUUUGAUGAGGCUUAAUAAAAGUCUGAAACUUGAA